GGAAACAUGGAACUUUUAAAAUCAAUUAGUAACUCUUCGAGACAACCUUAUUUUGAUAUCAUAUUUUUUAUAAUUACUCUUUCAUGUCUAUAUAUAUUUAAGUGUAUUAAUGUAUAUACGUUGUCUACACUUUUUACAAUCAAUACAAUUUGGUUAUUUUAUUUCAAAAAUAAACGCAAAUCAAUUGCUCCAGGAGAUAUGGUUGUCAUCACAGGAUGCGACUCCGGUUUGGGUUUUAGUUUGGCUUUUCAUUGCCAUAAAAAUUUAAACGCUCAUGUUAUUGCCGGAGUCCAUAACAUCGAUAGUCCUGGAGCGAACGAACUAUCUAAGGCCGGUAUCCUCGUGCACUCUCUUGAAUUAACUAGCAGUGAAAGCGUUCAAGCGUUCGUCCAAUAUAUUCGUAAUGACCUAAAAAAUAAAAAUCUUGCUCUAAGAUGUUUUAUAAACAAUGCCGGAAUUAUGAUAUUUGGAGAAUUUGAAUGGCAAACAGAAAAACAAGUGCGUUAUCAAGUAGAAGUUAAUUUGCUAGGAACAAUGAGAGUUACUAAAGAAAUAUUACCACUUUUAAGAGAAUACUCAAGUAGGCUUAUCAAUGUAACGAGCCACUGCGCUUACGAAUCAUUGCCGGGUGUUGCAGUGUACAGCUCCACCAAGAGUGCUUUAGCUUCUUGGACUAAUGCGCUGCGUGUAGAAUUAAAAAAAUUCGGAAUCAAAGUUGUCAAUUUCAUACCUGGUUCAUUUGUCCUCCAAAGUAAUAUAUUAUGCCAACAGCAGAAGUAUUUUAAGAUGAUGGAAGCAGCAAUGACACCAGAAGCCAAAUCAUUGUAUUCCGAUUAUUUUACGAGAUAUGCUAAUUAUUUGUGUGGCUUACCAUGUAAUGCUACCGCUGUCCCUCAGAUUUUGGAGAAUUCUAAUCUGUAUGACUUGUUUGAAGGUGCUAUGCUAGACCAAUACCCCCGGGCAAUUUACAAAUGCGAACCAUGGCGAUACAUGAUUUACAACUUUUUUUUCAAAUAUACAUCUACGGAGAUACGAGAUUGGUUGAUCGAAAAAUUUGUAAAAAUGCCCUCUUGGAAAAAUGAGUAG